AUGGGUACUCGUACAGCUGAUGAUGCGCUAGGAGUGAAAGACAACAAUGACAGAAUACACAAAAUUGUAACUUUCAUACCACAAAUUGACUCUAGUACAUGUAAAUUGGAAGGACACUCUGAACUAAAGGAAAUAGAUCGUAAUGUUUUAAAAAGAAAUGAUGAAUUUUUUCAUAUAAUAAUGCCGAAAAAUCUCAACAAAUGUCCUCUUAAAGUCGGUAUGAUACAUAACCAUCCUUUUUUUAAUAUGAACAAUAGUACAAAUUUAAAGUUCAUGGACACUAUCAAACAAACCAACAAUGUAAUAACAGGAUGUGACUUAGAAAUAGUAAAAAUCUUUGCUGAAUAUUUAAAUGCUACUUUACAACUUUAUUACUUAGGUUUUCGUAAAGAAUAUGACAAUGAUGUAAUUGUUAAGCCACUUUUGAACGAGGAAUUGGAUGUAAUGGCCGGUGGAUUAUACAGAGCUUACGGUAACACUGUGGAAUACUCAGGAAUUUAUGCGAGAGAAGCUCUUAUUUGGAUAUAUUAUGUUGAAAGACUAGGUAAAUCAUGGCAAAGCUUUAUGAGUAAUUUAGAUCUAUUGUUCUUAUUCUUCGUAUUUUAUUUGUAUUACUGUUUGAUUUGGUACACGAUAUGUAUAUUUGAUAAAACAACAGUAUCUUUAAAGUCUACAUUUUUAUAUAGUUGGGGCUGCUUAUUUGGAUGUACGCCAUUAUCGAAUCCGGUUACUACAAAAGAGAAGAUAGUGAACGCAUUUUAUUUAUUCAUGUGUAUACACUUUAUAGUAUACAUGAAUAUACAAUUAUAUUCAAAUUUUACAAUUGAAAAGCCUCCGAAAUUAUAUAAAACUAACGAUGAAAUAAUGAAUUCAGGGAAAAAGUUUUCUGUAUAUAAAGACGCAUUAUCCUUCAUAAGUGAUGUGAAAUUCAAAUCUCUUAUGAAAACAGCAGGCAAUUGUGAAACAGCUAAUGAGUGUUUGAGCUUAGCUUUUCAAAAAGAAGGUGCAUCUGUUUAUCUUGACGAUGUGUUUAUUGAAUUACAAGUCAAAACUGCUGUGAAUGAUGAAGCAAAAAUAAUGAGAUCUGCGGAAAACAUAUUAAUACUUUAUCAUGAAAUAUCAAUAAGGAAAAAUAGUUAUGUUGUAAACCAUAUACAAUCUGCAAUGGGGAGAUUAAAUGAAGCUGGUAUUUUGGAGAAAUUAUUCAAGGAGGCAGUGGGCGUUUAUUUUAUUGAUAAAUCUAGAGAGUUAACAGAAAAUUUGAUGAGUAACAGUUAUAGCUGUCAAGCGGGAUGUAGCAUAAGUUUGAAUCAAUUUGCUGGAGUCAUUUAUAUUUGGUUGAUAGGAUGUUUCAUAUCUAUAAUACUUUUUAUUAUGGAAGUCACGAUAAAAAGAGAACACAAUAAUGGGCCAGCUUAUAGUUGGUUAGAGAGUUAUCUGGCGAAUAGAUAUCAACAUGUGGAAAUUAUUCGUCUGGAUAAAAAAUCAGUAUUAACAUCAUAUAAAUCAAGUAGUAAGCACAAUGGCUACGAUGUACCUCAAGGAAGUAUUUUGGGGCCUUUAUUAUUUCUUACUUAUAUAAAUGAUUUACUUAAGGUUACAAAACAUGAAUGUGUAUUAUUCGCUGAUGACAUUUCUGUUACUAUUACAUGUGACUCAGAAAACUUGGGAAGUUUAGAAGAUGAGAUUAACCUAACAGUUAAUUCCAUCAUACAAUGGCUUAAAGAAAAUAAUCUUACUGUGAAUCUUGAUAAAACUGGAUAUAUUCAAUUUAGAAACAAAGGUGAAACUGAACUUGGACUAAAUAUAAAAUAUAACAGCGAAAGCAUCAAGUUACUUUAUGAAACCUCAUUUCUUGGAGUCACAAUGGACUAUAAUUGCAACUGGAAAGCCCAAAUAGAUAAGACAUUAAUAAGGCUUUCUUGGUACAGAAGAAAUGUAUCCGUGCUCUUUGCGGCCUUCCACCAUGGAAGUCUUGCCGACCACUAUUUAAAAAAUAUAAAAUACUUCCACUAG